AUGGCGGCGAGUCAGGGAGGUGGUGGUAACAGCGGGGGCGGUGGUUGUGGUGGAGGUGGAAGUAGCGGCGGCUGUGUCGCGGCCGGAGGCGGCGGCGGCGGGGCCGGAGGGGGAGGUGGCGGCGGCGGCGGCGGCGGUGGCGGCGGCGGCAGUGGCGGGACCGUGGUAGUGCCUAUCCCGGUACCGACUCUUUUCGGUCAGCCGUUCCCCAACGGGCCGCAGUGGAACCCAGGGAGCCUGCAGCCUCAACACACCGUGAGGAGCCUGGACCGGGCCCUGGAGGAGGCGGGCAACUCUGGCAUCCUGAGCCUCAGUGGUAGGAAACUCCGAGACUUCCCCGGUAGCGGCUACGACCUCACGGACACCACCCAAGCAGAUCUUUCCAGAAAUCGUUUUACAGAAAUUCCUUCUGAUGUCUGGUUAUUUGCACCUCUUGAAACAUUAAAUUUAUAUCACAAUUGCAUCAAAACCAUUCCUGAAGCCAUUAAAAACCUGCAGAUGUUAACAUACCUUAAUAUUAGUCGAAAUCUUUUAUCAACAUUGCCAAAAUAUCUAUUUGAUCUUCCCCUUAAAGUUUUGGUCGUCAGUAAUAAUAAACUGGUAUCCAUUCCAGAAGAAAUUGGGAAGUUAAAAGAUUUAAUGGAAUUGGAUAUUAGCUGCAAUGAGAUUCAGGUCCUUCCCCAACAAAUGGGGAAAUUACAUUCUCUUAGAGAGCUAAAUAUAAGAAGAAAUAAUCUUCAUGUUUUGCCUGAUGAAUUAGGUGAUCUUCCUUUAGUCAAGUUGGAUUUCUCUUGUAAUAAGGUGACUGAAAUUCCAGUUUGUUACCGGAAGCUACAUCAUUUACAAGUAAUAAUUUUGGACAACAAUCCCUUGCAAGUACCACCAGCACAGAUAUGCUUAAAGGGUAAAGUACACAUAUUUAAGUACUUAAAUAUCCAAGCAUGUUGCAGAAUGGAUAAGAAACCAGAUUCCCUGGAUCUUCCAUCUUUAAGUAAAAGAAUGCCCUCCCAGCCUCUCACAGACAGUAUGGAAGAUUUUUAUCCAAAUAAGAAUCAUGGCCCUGAUUCUGGAAUUGGAAGUGACAAUGGAGAGAAACGAUUAUCUACAACAGAGCCAUCAGAUGAUGAUACAAUCAGCCUUCACUCUCAAGUCUCAGAAUCAAAUAGAGACCAGAUAUCAAGAAAUGAUAGUCACAUAGUAGGAAGUAAACCUGAUUGUCAGAAAGACCAGGAGGUAUAUGAUUUUAUUGACCCCAGCACAGAAGAUGUUGCAGUUCCUGAACAAGGAGAUGCACGUGUUGGAUCGCUUGCUUCUUUCCUUAAGGGAAAAGAAAAAUGUUCUGAAAAAUCUCAGAAAAAUGAAGAAUUGGGAGAUGAAAAAAGAUUUGAGAAAGAACAGUUACUUGCAGAGGAAGAGGAAGAUGAUUUGAAGGAAGUAACUGAUUUGAGGAAGAUAGCUGCUCAGUUAUUGAAGCAAGAGCAGAAGAACAGGAUUCUUAAUCACUCAACUUCUGUCAUGAGAAACAGGCUGAAAUCAACUUUGGAAUGCGAAAAGAGUGUCUCAGCAGAUGAAGUUAAUUCACCGUUAUCACCCCUCCCAUGGCAGCCCUUAGAAAAUCAGAAGGAUCAAAUAGAUGAACAACAGUGGCCAGAAUCUCAGCCUAUAAUCUGGCAGAGUGAAGAAAGGAGGCGGAGCAAACAGAUUAGAAAAGAAUAUUUCAAGUAUAAAUCAAUGAGGAAGAGUUCAAGUGGCAAUGAAAAUGAUGAGCAAGACAGUGAUAAUGCUUAUAUGUCACCACAAUCUCCAGUAUCAUCUGAGGAAUAUGACAGAACUGAUGGUUUUCCACAUGGCCCCUUUGGCUUGAAACCUAGAUCAGCUUUUAGCCGAUCUCCUCGCCAGGAAUAUGGGGCAGCAGAUCCAGGAUUUACAAUGAGAAGAAAGAUGGAACAUUUACGGGAAGAGCGAGAGCAAAUACGACAACUUCGCAAUAAUCUUGAAUCCAGGUUAAAAGUAAUUUUGCCUGAUGACAUUGGAGCUGCACUGAUGGAUGGGGUUGUUCUUUGCCAUUUAGCCAAUCAUAUAAGGCCACGCUCAGUAGCUAGUAUUCAUGUACCAUCGCCAGCAGUGCCCAAACUGAGUAUGGCAAAAUGUCGAAGAAAUGUAGAAAAUUUUCUUGAUGCUUGUAAAAAGUUGGGUGUCUCACAGGAAAGACUGUGUUUGCCUCAUCAUAUUUUGGAAGAACGAGGUCUUGUGAAAGUUGGUGUCACCGUUCAGGCACUCCUUGAACUACCUACAAUCAAGGCAUCCCAGCUUUCUAUGGCUUGAUACAACAUUUUACAAUCUUAAUGUUAGUUUAAUUUAUUUGAAGUAAUUUCAGAUUUCUCAAAUUUAUAAAUAAGAGUGUCACCUCACAUUAAAAAUAGUUUGCCUUAGGUAGAGCCUUAGGGUUUUAAAAAAAUACAUUAAAACAUCAAAUUUGAACUUUGAGUUGCCCACAAUUCUUUCGGGAGAAAACUGGAUUAAUUUAAUAAGAGUUUUUGAUAAAUUCAAAUUCUCAUUUUACUAAGUCAGUUGAUAACCUUGAACUUUUUUCAGAAAGCCAAUUGAUACUAAACUUAAAUGUAUUUUCAAUUUAAUAACCACAUUAGGUUUAGUUUUUUUACAUCAAAGCAUAGUAGCAAACAUCUGGAUAAAGGAAACCUUUUUUUUAAGCAACUUAAAACUGUUCUAUAUUUGAGUUAUUUAAUAUGCUUCUAAUUCUGGUUUAUACACAAUUUCUUCAAACUUUGGUCUUAGUUUUCUAGAAAAAAGUAGUAGAAGAAACAGAACUCUGGCUUUAUAUUAAAUUCUUUUAGUAUUAUAGGUUGGUGCCAAAAUAUUUUAAGUUGUAUU